AUGAAUAAAUCAUUUAGUCUUAAAUUUGAUUCAAGUGUUUAGGCUUCAUUUUAAGAUUUUGUUUAUCAAGGCUCAAAACAAUAAUAAAGAUUAAUCUUUUUCCUAAUGCUUAUUUAUUCAAUAGCAAGAUUAUUAUCAACUCUAUUUUAUGAUAAGAAAUAUUAUUUAAUAGGUGGAGGAGUAUUUGUGAUACAAUCAAUCUUAUAAGUAGCAAUAUCCAUAAAAGGAAAUCUUUUUAUUAAGAAAUUAACUAACUAACUGACCUGUUUAAUAUUUUGUUUGAUGUAGAUUUAAGUUUAUCAAACUAAGAAUUUUUAAGAAAUAUAUGAAAACUCUUAACUAAUUAUGAUGUUCAAUAUAAUAAUUUAUAGUUUUAUAGAUUUUAAUAUUGUUUUGAUUCAAAUAUUAUUAAGUAUAGGAAUUAAAACUUGGAUUUUCACAAUGGAGGAUGGUUUCGCAAUAUAAAAUUUUAUUUAUUAAUUGAUUGGUGAUUUUGUAAUUCUAUAAUUUGUUUAUUAUAAUCAAAAAAGAUUGAAAAGCAAUUUCAGUUAAGAAUGCUUUUCUUAACAAUUAAGUAUAAAAUUAUCAUAACUUAGUUAAAUUUAUGCCUUAUUUAGUACAAAAUUAAUUUUUUUUGAUAAAUUUUGAUUAAAAAACCUAGUCAUUUAAUUUAAAAUUAGGAAGUAAAAUAACAUCAAUUAAUUGGGAUGAUACAAAAAAUUUAAGACAUUUUUUAAGGAAUUAUUAUAUUGAAUAAAUUUCUUUAGAGUAAUUUAUCUUAUCAAGGAUAUCUCAUUUUUAAGAAAAUUAUGAUUAUAUUUUUACAAAAAAACUUAAUGUUUAUGGUAUUGAUCAAAAUGAUACUUUAAGUAUUAAUUAUACUGAAUGUUUUUUGGGGGAAAAGUACUACCUAAUAACUUUUAAUGAAUAAAAUUAAGAAUAAUCUGAAAAAAUUAAACUUUAGUUAAUAGAAUGUUUAAAUAAAAACUAAUCUAUUACUAUAAGUUUUUUAAAAAAAUAAUUAUAUUUAUUGUCUAACUUAAAAUAAUGUUAAAAUAUUUAGUAAUAGAUUUCUAAACUUAAAAUUCAUUGUAUGUAUUUUUUAGGGUAGUUUAAUUAAAUAAACAGUUUUUCAGAAGUUGAUCUUAACAUCAAAGAUAUCAAUAUAAGUAAAUUAUUGAAAUAAAUAAAUAUUUUAUUUUGUAAUGCUUAUAAUACAAAAAAUUUUGAAUUAGUUCCCCAAGAAUAUUAGGAUAUUUAUAUUAGAAGCAAUGAAGAACUAAUUCAAACAUUUAUUUUAAUCAUAUAUUAGAUUAUAAUUAGAUUAAAAGCAUUAGAUUUGAAAAAUAAAAUAUUUUAUGGUCUAGACAGAAAUAACUAAAGAUUAAUCUAUAUAAAAAUUUAAACUGAAUGUUGUACAUAGCUUAAGUUUGAGUUGGAAUAGAAUCCCUUAUUUUAAAAAAUAUAAAGAAGAGUUUGUCCAAAUAUCGAAAUUCAUUUAAUAAACAUGAGUAAAAAAGAAAAUUAAUAUUUUAGCUCUUAAACUAUUAGUGUAUAAAAAUUAGGAAACUUUAGAAAAUAUUCGCAAAAUCUAAGAAGAAAUUAUAUGA